UAAUGACAGUGAAUAAGGGAGACUCUUCUUCUGCCACUCUAGUUGUGCCCUAAAACAGUUUGAAUAAUUUGCUCUUCUUCUCCAAUGAAUUCAGCAGAUUCUUGAUGGGGGACCUUGUUUUCACCAUGAGGAAGGACUUGGAGUUGGUCAGUCUUGAUGAUUCUUUGGUGACUGCGAGCUUUCACCUGCAGUAACAGAAGCUGAGCUAAGAGACUCGAAGUUUCCUCAUUGCCACUAGAACAAGAAAUGGCAAAAGUAUAUCUCCACGAUUCCCUAACAACCAGUUCAGCAAGUGGAUGUGGUUCAGUUACUUUUGGACAAACUAUUAAAGAACCCAAGUGCUCCUCACGCGGACGAAGAAUACGUAGCGCUACGUGUUUAGGAGAGACGGCGGGUACGAUGUUUUUGCCCGGAAGUGUCCGUCGUCUUGUCAGACGAUUCUCGGCGUUGGCUUCAACGGCGCCGGAGUAUUCUGGUUCCGAUUGGAAAACCCAAGCCAGACUGAUCGGAUUAGCCUCCGAAAUCUCGUCCAUUCUCUUGCAGCGUCGUGACUGGACCAUUCUUGUCCGGAAUCUCAAGCCCAGACUCCCAAAGGCGAGGCUGACGCCGCAGCUCUUCCUCGAGGUACUCCGUAAAACUCGGGCAAGUCCUAAAACCACGAUAGAUUUCUUCGACUGGGCGAAAACCCAUCUCCGUUUCGAACCGGAUCUCAGGUCCCAUUGCCGGGUCAUCGAGAUUGCUGCAGGAUUGGGUCUGUCGGAACGAGCCGAAACGAUGUUGCGCUCUCUGGUGGAGACCCAUCCUCCGACUUUGGUCGUGGGUUCCAUGGCUCGGUGGUUUGAAGGUAAAGAUUCUCUCUCUGUCUCUCUUAGCUUAGUUGCUGAAUGUUACGCCAAAAGGGGCUUCUGUCAGAACGGCUUGCAAGUGUUUGUCGGAAUGAGAAGUUUAGGGUUUUCACCCUCCCUUCGUGCGUACAAUUCGCUUCUUCAUGCUUUAGUAAAAAAGAAUCAGUUCAGAUUGGCUUGCUGUCUGUAUAGCGCCAUGGUUCGGAGCCGGGCCGUGGCUGAUACUUCAACGUUGAAUUUGGUUGCUCAGAUUUUGUCUGAACAUGGAAAAUACAGGAGCAUAGUGAAAUUGCUGGAAACUGGUGUUGCAAGUUGUGAAAUUUAUAGCAAUCUUAUACAAUGUUACAGCAGACAUGGGGAGUUCACUGCCGUUUUUCGAGUGUUAGAUGAAAUGCGCGAGAGGAAAUUCGAGCUGAGUUUCUCUUCUUACAGUUGUGUAUUAGAUGAUGCCUGUAGAUUGGGAGAUGCCGAGACAAUUGAUAAGGUUGUCGGAAUAUCGGUGGAGAUAACACAUCUUCACUCAAAUGAUUCAACCAUCCAAAGGCUUUGUGAUAUGGGGAAAGCAUAUGCCUCUGAGUUGCUGUUCUAUAAAUCCUAUGAUGGAGCGGUGAAAUUGCAGGACUCCACAUAUGGUUGUCUGUUAUUGGCACUGUCUAGAAAAGGCAGAACAGAAGAAGCAGUUCGUGUUUAUAGAUUGAUUUGUAGGAAAGGUGUUACAGUUGACGAGAAUUGUUACAGUGCAUUUGCCGAUGCUCUUUGCGGGGAAGAUGAUGAUUCAGAGGAAAAUCAUGGAUUGUUGAUAGAUGUUAUAAGGCGUGGCUUCAUCCCGUCAGCGGUCAAUGUAUCGAAUCGUUUUGCAUCUCUGUGUCGGAAAGGUAGGUGGGAUCGAGCAGAGGAGCUUCUUGAUAUGAUUCUGGAAAUGGGUUUUUGUCCUGACUUGCUUUCUGCUCAUCUGUUGAUGGAUCGUUACUGCUCGAGUGGAAAGCUCGAUAAAGCGAUGGUACUUCAUGGGAAAAUAAAGGAAACGAAAGGCAGUCUGGAUGUGAAUGCUUAUAAUGCGCUUCUUGAUCGGCUCAUCGGGCAAACAAAGAUGGUGGACAAGGCGGUGGAAGUGUUCGAGCACAUGAAACGGGUGAACUCUUUGAACAGCAAGAGUUUUACGAUCAUGAUACGAGGGAUGUGUCGUGCGAAGGAGAUGAGGAAAGCCAUGAAAUUUCACGAUGAGAUGAUGAAGAUCGGGAUGAAACCCGAUAUUGCAACCUAUAAACGUCUCAUCUCUGGAUUCAAGUGAAACAGAUUGAAGCUUUCUUA